GCUCUGCAGCAAACCGACACAUUACAGACACGUUUCUCUACAACUUCCUCCGCGUGCAGGUGCUCGACUCUACGCCCCGUCUACCGCUGAUGCUGCUGGCGUCAACCGGACUGUCAAAUGUGAUAAUCUGUGAUCCACUGCGGAUUAGAGUGAAAUUACAUUGUUAUACACUCUAGCCAUUCGGCAUCCGUUUUCCAUCCGCACUCGACAGUUCCUAUCUAAUAGGCAUCUUGCGCAAUCACCCCUUCCGCUUUUGAGAUACUCGGAGCUUUAGAAACGCUCAAGCAACGCAAGGACAAAUCGAAAGGUUACAGAGCUGAAGGACUGUCGCGUAAAAUCGUCGGCAACGGCUCACAAACUGCGUAGAUUUAGAUUGCCAUGUCAGAAUCUGGCGGGGAUGUAAAGCUGGAGGUGAAACAGGCCAGCAAAGAGUUUAAGGAGAGCGAAAACGUUGCCGAGAAAUACUCCGCGAUGACAGCGACCAAGAACAGCGACGUGAACAUGAACGUCGGAGAGCUGUCCGCCGCAUUCACUGCGGUCCCGACUCUCAAAUCUGUCAAGAAGAUUCAGUUUGCCAAACAAGAGGACAAACAGGAGUUCAGCAAGUUCCCUACAAAGACCGGCCGUCGCUCCCUGUCUCGCUCCAUCUCUCAGUCCUCCACAGACAGCUACAGCUCAGCGGCCUCAUACACUGACAGUUCAGAUGAUGAGACGUCUCCUCGUGAGAAAAGCCAAGUCAACUCAAAGGGCAGCAGUGACUUCUGCGUCAAGAACAUUAAACAGGCUGAGUUUGGUCGACGGGAGAUUGAAAUUGCAGAGCAAGACAUGUCUGCACUCAUUUCCCUGCGGAAGCGAGCCCAAGGGGAGAAACCCCUCGCUGGGGCUAAAGUGGUUGGCUGUACCCACAUCACUGCACAGACUGCAGUCCUGAUCGAGACACUUGUGGCUCUGGGCGCUCAGUGUCGCUGGACUGCCUGUAACAUUUACUCUACUCAGAAUGAAGUGGCAGCAGCUUUGGCAGAGAGCGGCGUGUCCGUUUUCGCCUGGAAAGGAGAAUCAGAAGAUGACUUCUGGUGGUGCAUUGAUCGCUGUGUCAACAUGGAGGGCUGGCAGGCAAACAUGAUCCUGGAUGAUGGGGGUGACCUGACCCACUGGGUGUAUAAGAAGUACCCCAGUGUCUUCAAGAAAGUGCGAGGGAUUGUGGAGGAGAGUGUUACAGGUGUACAUAGGCUGUACCAACUCUCCAAAGCUGGCAAGCUUUGUGUCCCUGCUAUGAAUGUCAACGACUCUGUCACCAAACAGAAGUUUGAUAAUCUGUACUGCUGCAGGGAGUCCAUUCUGGAUGGUCUGAAGAGAACGACAGAUGUGAUGUUUGGUGGGAAGCAGGUGGUGGUUUGUGGUUAUGGAGAGGUGGGAAAGGGUUGUUCUUCAGCCCUGAAAGCACUUGGAGCCAUUGUGUGUGUGACAGAGAUCGACCCUAUUUGUGCUCUUCAGGCUUGUAUGGACGGCUUCAAAGUGGUGAAACUAAAUGAGGUGGUGCGCCAAAUGGACAUGGUUAUCACCUGCACGGGGAACAAAAAUGUUGUUACCAGAGAGUACUUGGAUCGAAUGAAGAACGGCUGUAUUGUCUGCAACAUGGGCCAUUCCAACACUGAGAUUGAUGUGGCGAGUCUGCGGACUCCAGAGCUCACCUGGGAGAGGGUACGCUCACAGGUCGACCAUGUCAUCUGGCCCGAUGGGAAACGAGUGAUUUUACUGGCUGAGGGCCGGCUCUUGAACCUGAGCUGCUCAACAGUACCCUCAUUUGUGCUGUCAAUCACAGCCACAACUCAGGCUUUGGCUCUGAUAGAACUGUAUAAUGCACCAGAAGGUCGCUACAAACAAGAUGUGUACCUGCUGCCUAAGAAAAUGGAUGAAUAUGUGGCCAGCUUGCAUCUGCCCAACUUUGACGCUCACCUUACAGAACUUUCAGACGAACAGGCCAAAUAUAUGGGCCUCAACAAGAAUGGACCCUUUAAACCAAAUUACUACAGAUAUUAGUGUGCCUGGAUCAAUUCAGUCUUCAUCAAAGAUGGACAGACCUGUAUUAACCAGUGAAGCAAGAGAUUUAUUUUCUAUUAAUAUACAUUUCUUAAAGUGAUUUUACUGAAUGUUAAUCCUAUUUAAUAGUGUUACUAACAUCUAGUGAUAAAAUAUGUUCAUGUCAGUUUUAGGCUUUCUGCAUUGUGAGAAUUUAUGUAUUAUGACAUUUGUUGUAAAUCAUCUUUUAAUCUAAAUACGAAAGGACCACUGUGUAUAACUCUUAAAAUGUGCCAAAUAUUGGUUAUACUGUAGUUACUGAUCAUAUAGAAUAAUUGAUAAUUAUUACUGUUUUGUUUUUACUUGGUUAUUCGAUUCACCCAAGGUUACACUAUACUCAUUUAUGAGGGAAAGGAAAGUAGUCUUUGUGGCUUUUACUAUAGAAAUGUUAGUCUCAGUAUAAUAUACCUGAUUAAUUGCUCUUGCAUAAGAAAACAUAACAGCUUUUUUUAAAUGAAUGUACUAUCUAUUUCUGUUAAAAGCUAGAGUGUUCUAGCAAUGAUUCACACCACUGUGUGCAGAAACUUCAGCGCCCCAGCAGCACCUACUGCUAAAUAUCCCGCUUGGGGAAUUUUAUGAAUCGUUUCACCAACAGGGAUAAUUUUCCCUUUUACAGUAUAUUCACACACAUCAUCUCUUGUGGCCUUUAACAAAUUCUUAUAUUAAAGUAAUGUAGGCUUUAUUGGCCAGUCUUAGAUUAGUAGAAAUUUAACUACAGUUAUAUGAUUAAAGUCAGAUUUUGUGAGAGAUUUAUUGAAAAUAAUGUGAAGCAUUAUUGGGGGAGGGGGGGUUGUUAUUAUACCCCCCCAUGCCGCUGUUUGGUCCACAACAAACCCACACAUAGAUAGCUAGACUCAAAAGGAACACACAUAUCUUACCAUUUCUAAAGGACUUCAAAUAUUACAGUGAAUGCACUCAUUUGAAUAUUUGCCUCAUCUGCACUUUGUUCGUGAUACACCUUGCAUCCUAUGUCUAAUGUGUUCCUUCUGCUUUGAUGUCAUAGAAUCCCCGUACAAGCUGUAUUAAAGAUCUUUCUGUCACUAACUCUGCAUUUUGAACAAUAUUUAUGUUAUUAAAUGAUGUCACAAUU